AUGAAUCGGAGUAUGGAAGCUCAUGCAUUUCUUGUCAAAAAAGGUUUUAAAGUAAAGUCCUUUGGAACUGGUGAAAAGGUUAAGUUACCCGGCGCAUCAGCAGACCGACCUAAUUGCUAUGAAUUUGGAGUACCAUAUGAUGAUAUCUAUAAUGAUUUAUUAGAAAAAGACAAAACAUAUUAUACUCAAAAUGGAUUACUCCAUAUGUUGGAUAGAAACCGGAGAAUUAAACCAUAUCCUGAAAAAUUUCAGGUUUCUACGGAAAGGUUUGAUGUAAUUAUAACAUGUGAGGAAAGAGUAUAUGACCAAGUGAUUGAAUGGUUUGGUUCUAAAAGAUCAGUAUAUAAUCAACCAGUUCAUGUGAUCAAUAUAGACAUACAAGACAACCAUGAAGAAGCAACUAUAGGUGCAUUUUUAAUAAGUGACAUGGUUACAAAAAUGGCACAAAGUGAUGACUUAGACAAUGACAUAGAUGAAUUACUACAUGACUUUGAAGCCAAGUGUCAUAGGCCAAUAUUGAACUGCAUAAUGUUUUAUUAA